GUCUGACCAAGCUCUACCCCAAUCUACCAACACUUAUCUUCACUUCUCGUGCACAUCGCAAGACAUUUCGUCGGCGCCUUGGAAGUCUUUUCUUGUGUUUAGCUGCGCAAUAUACAUGCUAUUCUGACGCAGAUUUACUGCCCUUCCGAAGCAAAUCGUCGAUAUAAAACCUUGGUUACAAUAGGGUCACCAAUGACCGCACUAAAACAUUUCAAUCUACCGCCUGUACCUCCAGAACUCAAGUCCUUGACCCCAUAUCUUCAGCGCGCUGAUGAACUGAAGACGAAGGAGCCUGUUAUGGCCUACUGGUGCACAUAUUAUGCUGCGGAAAUCGGCAUGGGUCUCAAUGCGAAAGCUGUCCCAUGCCGCAACUUUCUCUCUGAACUCUUGGGCCUUUUGGAAUCAAUGAAACAAGACAUAGGACCCAACGACGCAAUCGAUAUGGAGGUUGCAAGCGCUGCAUAUGUCGAGAACUUUGCUUUGAGAGUUUUCAAUCUAGCCGACAACGAAGAUAGAAAGGGUCAAACAACCAGAUCGACAGCGAAGAAGUUCUUGGCUGCUGCCCAUUUUCUUGAGGUGUUAAAGACAUUUCCAAAGAGCGAGGUGUCAGAUACGAACGAGGAAAAGAUCCGAUACGCCAAAUGGAAGGCUGCAGAUAUAGCUAAAGCUUAUCGUGAAGGCCGUAAACCUACACCAGGGCCCGCAGGUGGCUUGUCCGACGAAGAACAUGUAGCUCCAUCCCUCGUAAACUAUCCUACCACCAUGUCCAUACGGCCCACCACCUCUGCAUCUCAAGCCGAGUCACCAUCACAGAGCUAUUCUCCGCCCCAGAUCAAAAGGUCAUCACCACCAUCACACAUCUCUCUCGAAGAUAUGCCACAGACUCCUCCUCGAAGGAUCGCACCGCCGCACCUUGGUGUGGGUCGUCCAGGGCCUGAGUGGGAGGGGAAGGUCGUGACACCUGGGAGCUGGAGUACAGCGGCAACACCUGGUACGGAACCUGUUGAUAGCGUAUCGGAAGGAUUGGACAACCGAGAUUGGACCCUGGAAUCGCCUACUUCUUGUAAAGGCAGAUUUCACGAACCUACAGAUGAUCCACAAAGUGAUGCGAGGGCUAAGAAUAUGCAUUUUUCGUCCUCUGUGGUUGGCGGAUCUUCCGCAGGUACUAGAUCCCCAAUAGUAUCACCCAAAGUCAGCGAAUCCAGCGAGCAAGUGUAUUCUGAACCUCCCGUGCAUGAUUAUCCGGGACAAUACCUUGUUGAGCCGCCUGACUUGUAUUCUUCUCUUACUCCAUCCGCACCGCCAGCCCCUCCUUCCUCCGUCUUAUCUUCAUCACAUACCCUUACUUCAACAUGGCACCCUGGCUAUUCCUCCAUCCCCUCACCGCAACCUGCAACAAUAGAGCUCACACCCGCGAUGGUGACAAAGGCACAGAAACACUCCAGAUUUGCCAUCAGUGCUCUGGAUUAUGAAGAUAGAGAGCAAGCUAUAAAGGAGCUGAGAGCGGCUUUGGAAGCGCUGGGAGCUUGACAACUUCUGUUCGAACGUCCUUGGGAUAUUUUCUUUUCAUACAUGCACUUCCCGGAUUCAUUAUUGCAUCCUUUUACAUUUCAUCGCCACCAAACGUCACCCAGCAAGCUGGCCCGCAAACCGCGAGGACUGUUACAGAGGCCCGGCAGACUCCAUGUGCAUCUCUCGCACUUUCUGUUCGAGCUCCCGGAUCUUGUCUUUCACAGGCGUAGCAGAUCCGAUAGCAUAGCGGACUUGGUUGGAGAGGCAGCAGCGUGCAUAUCGGUCAGGGGUUAGGAGGAGGUCUUGUAGCUGUACUUGGUUUCAAAGUAUCUUCUCGGGCGUAGCUUUAUUGAUGGGCGAAGUCGUUGACAAACCACUGUUGAACAUCGAAGAGAGGAGUAAUCGCCACUGACG